CAGUGGAAAACCACUUUGUCGUAGCAUAGGCUCGGCUCCCGUCUUUAAGAAAGGCAUAAAAGAAUCCAUAGCUAUAGCUACAGCUAUAGCGAUAGCUGGUAACCCACUUUCCCCUCUCAGCUUUCCUUGUCUUACCAACAAAAAAGAAUAAGGUAUAUUGAUCAAAACAUGGAAGGUACUGUUGUGAGAAGGGUCAUUCCCUCGGACAAUAGUUGCCUCUUUAACGCCGUUGGGUAUGUCAUGGAUCAUGACAAACAUAAAGCUCCUGAGUUGAGACAGGUUAUAGCUGCAACAGUGGCAAGUGAUCCAGAAAAAUAUUCUGAAGCAUUUCUUGGAAAGCCAAAUGAAGAGUAUUGUGCUUGGAUUCUUGACUCAGAGAAGUGGGGAGGUGCCAUUGAGCUUUCGAUAUUAGCCGAUCAUUAUGGACGUGAAAUUGCAGCAUAUGAUAUUCAGACCUCACGAUGUGAUUUGUAUGGUCAGGAAAAGAAGUACUCCGAAAGGGUUAUGCUGAUUUAUGAUGGGCUCCAUUACGAUGCUUUAGCUAUGUCACCUUUUGAGGAAGCCCCAGAGGAGUUUGAUCAGACUAUUUUUGCAGUACAGAAGGGCAGGACCGUUGGUCCGGUUGAGGGGGUUGCUCUUAAUUUUGUGAAGGAGCAGCAAAGGAAAAGGAGUUACACUGAUACUGCCAACUUUACCUUGCGUUGUGGGGUGUGCCAAAUUGGAGUAAUUGGCCAGAAGGAGGCUGUGGAACAUGCACAAGGAACAGGCCAUGUCAACUUUCAAGAGUACAGAUAACAAUAACUGUGAAAAACAAAGCCACAGUGUGGUCUCAUUUUAUCACAGUGAGCUUCUUUGGACUUGCCUCAUUGAAUUGUUGUAUGGUCCAGUGAAUUAAGCUGAAAAAUCAAUAAUUGGUUAUAUGUUCUUUGGGAAAUGUAAUGAGAUUGGAUAUUAGUCUCCCUGUUAUGCACUUGAAUUUUAUUCGGUUUACUUUUGCAUCAAUGGGACGGCCUACUCCAAUUAAUGUCCUGUAAAGGGCAAUUGGUAUUAGCUGGGAAGGAGCAUAUUCUAGUGUUGAGAAAUAAAUUAUGGAUUUGUUGUA